UUUAGUCCAGUUGUUAUGGACUUCCACAGAGGUGAGUUUCUCUUCUCUUCUUGAUAUAGGUAGACAUUGCAGUCAUCGAAUAGGAACUGUAUAACAUUUUCUAAAACCACAGGCACAACGUCGCGAUAUUUCCUGGAACGCUUCCUUAACAGACCAGGCAGGGGAUUUAGGGUUUGAGAAGUCAAUGAGAGAAGUGAAAAAUGCUUCCUUAGUUAAUUUUCUCGAAAGCUAAAGGCACAACCUAGAUUGGAGCCAAUGUCUUUUAACAUGUUAUUACUCCAACCUCGUGAAAGUGACAAACUAACAAGUUUUUUUUAUUCUAGUCAGAAAAACAACUAUAUAUCGAAGUAGGGGCUUUGAUUUUGACGGCCUGCACAUGGGAUGAAUAGAAGACUGUUUGACCCGAUGACGUGCUUCUACGCAUUGAGCUGUACUUGCCAACGUCGCCUGUACAAGUGUGAUCAGUGGCAUAGGCAAAGCCACAACAGUUGAACUACUAAGGCGCGGGGGUCGGGUGAUCAUGGCUUGCAGGGACAUGAAGAGGACUGAGGAAGCAGCACAGGAGAUUCGACUGGAGACUGGUCCAGAUUCGGGAGAACUCCUCAUCAAGUGCCUGGACCUCGCAUCACUGAAAUCCGUGCACAGUUUCUGCGAAGACAUCAUCAAGGAAGAGCCCAGGAUUGACGUGCUGAUCAACAAUGCAGGGAUCUACCAGUGCCCUUAUACCAGGACGGAGGAUGGCUUCGAGAUGCAGUUCGGGGUGAACCACCUCGGCCACUUCCUCCUCACCCACCUCCUCCUGGACCUCCUGAAGCGCUCUGCGCCCAGCCGCGUGGUUGUGGUCUCCUCCAAACUCUACAAGUACGGCGAGAUCGACUUUGACGACCUGGAUAGCGAACGGCGCUAUGACAAGGCCUUUGCCUAUGGCCGAAGCAAGCUAGCCAACCUCCUCUUCACCUGCGAGUUGGCCCGCCGCCUCGAGGGGACUGGGGUGGCGGUCAAUGCAUUGACCCCGGGGAUAGUGAGGACUAACCUGGGCAGGCAUGUCAAUAUCCCCCUCCUGGCCAAGCCCCUGUGGGAGUUGGCAUCCAGGGCCUUCUUCAAGAGCCCAGAGGAGGGGGCGCAGACCUCGGUCUACCUGGCCUGCUCGCCCGACGUGGAGGAGGUCCAGGGGAAGUGCUUUGCGGACUGCCAGGAGCAGAAACUUCUGCCCAAGGCUACGGACCAAGAGGUGGCCAGGAAACUUUGGGAUAUUAGUGAAGUCAUGGUGGGCAUAACCAUGUGAUAAAGAACGUCAACCUUUCACUCCCACCAAUUUGAACGCAAAGAGAGGACUUUGGACCUCUCAAAAAAGGUGAAGUGAACUAGCAAAAGGCAAGGGCAGUGUGAAUGCAAAGAAAAUAGUUUUUUUUUGCUUCGUACUGCAGAGAACUGUGGGAUGCCUGUUGCUAUGCAUUGUGAUUAUAUUGCCUUGACACAAUUAUUUUUCACUGGUAUGUUGUUAUACCAUGCCGGCAAUUAUAUUAAACUCUAAGUGAAGGGA